AACAGCGAGCGUAGAAAAGAAACCAUAAGAAAAUUCGCAGUUUUUCUUAGUUUUCUCUCAAAAGUCGUUACGAUUCUUCUAGUUCCACGGCCGUGAUGAAGAGAUCUGGACCGUUGGUGGCUUCCAUGGCUGCAGCUUCUGCUACAGCAAUCUCAAUACCUUCUCCCUCUUCUUCUUUGAACUUCUCCACCAAUUCGAAGAUCCAAUGCUCGAAAGAGGAGUCGGUGUUGGGCGAUGAUCGUGACCGUUCGUCGUCGAGGGAUUCAUCUUCUACGGAGAAAUUCGCCCCCAGGUUCGACGGUCUGAGAUUCAUCGAAACUCUCAUUACGGCUCACAGAUGAGACGAAGGAAUGUUCCGCGACGCCGUUUUGCAAUUUCCUUGCGUGUCUUUCUGACAAGUGGCAAACGGCCCCGUAAUCUUGACCGUUGCUCAGUUGCGAAUUCCUUGAUCAGAAAACCCUAACCUUUCAUAUUUUGUGUUCCGCUUUGUAUGGGCUAUCUUUUAAAAUGACUUUGAUAAGACAAUCCUAACCUUCAAUUUUGUGGCAGAACGAUAGACGGUUAAUAUAUAAGAGAUGCAGCAAAGGUUCAUAUUGAGACUGAAAGAAUCCUGAGAUUGAGUUAUGAAGUUAAGGGUAUCGACUACAAGUUGCAAAAGAUGAAUGGCCCGGAUCGAUGAAAUAUGGGUCCCACUAGUCAGAACUUUUAAAAUAAAAAAUAAAAAAUGCGUGCAUAUGUAAUUUCUCAACAACACCAUUAAGCAAGCUUAGAGGGAAAUUUAUUUUUUAA